AUGUUGACCAAUGAUAGUGUGCUUAUCCUUGCUUUGCGUAAUGCUUGUGCUGGCUAUUUUAAUGGGAAGCUUAUAAACAUAACAGCUACAACAACAUUACAUAUCAACCCAAGUUUUCCAGAAGCAGAGCUUCUAACAUUAAGAGGAAAGGAUCCUUUGUUUGUUGUACCCUUUGUUGCAGAAACUAUCCACAUAGAUGGAAGAUAUACUAGAAUGACAAUUUAUUCAAUCCAUGAGCGGAUGAGCAUCAAACCAGAAACAAUUCAGACAACAUUGCUAGCUGUUCUGCGCUUUGUGAAUGUCAAUGACCAAAAUUUCUACUACGCAGCUUGCCCACUGAUAGUCAAUGGAAGGCCUUGCAAGAAAAAAUGUACACAACACGUUGAUGAUUCUUGGUUCUGCUCUAGAUGUCAAAUGACUAUGCAAGACUGUAAUUAUAGUUACCUCUUGCCUCUAAAGUUGCAAGAUGCCAUAGGUACUCUGUGGGCCACUACAUUUGAUGAGGGUGGCAUUCACUUGCUACACAAAACUGCAAAACAACUCUAUGCACUACAAAAUGAUGCAACAACAAUAGAGACACCUUCCUCGGUGAUCAAGACACUACUGUCACGUUACUAUUCAUUCACAGUGUUGGUUUCUACUGAGACAUAUAAUUCAGAAAUGAAGAUGAAAGUGACAGUCAAUAAAGUUGCUCCUAUUGACUUCAAAGUUGAGUGCCAUGCAUUACUUGCAGAAAUUGGCUGCCUAAGUACAAAGACUUAA